CAUCGCAUCCCGGUGUCCCGGCUCAUCCCAGCACCAUGGAUGAGAGUUUCCGGGACCGGACGGCGUUCAUCCGGGGCGCCAAGGACAUCGCCAAGGAGGUGAAGAAACACGCGGCCAAGAAGGUGAGCAGGGGCAUGGACCGCGUGCAGGAUGAGUACACCAAGCGCUCCUACACCCGCUUCGAGGAGGAGGAGGACGAUGAGGACUACGCGCCGCAGGACGGCUACUACCGGGGGGGUGAGGCUGCCAACGACGAGGAGGGAGCCUCCAGCGAUGCCACCGAAGGGCACGAUGAGGAGGACGAGAUCUACGAGGGCGAGUACCAGGGCAUCCCCCGGCGCCACUCGGGGCAGGGCGAGCGCCUGGGCAGCGAUGCGGGAGCCGCGGCGGCUGCGGACAGCGAGGGGCAGCGGCGGAAGGACCGGGAGGAGCUGGCGCAGCAGUACGAGCUCAUCCUGCAGGAGUGCGGCCACGGCCGCUUCCAGUGGACCCUCUACUUCGUGCUGGGUCUGGCGCUCAUGGCCGAUGGGGUGGAGGUGUUCGUGGUGGGCUUCGUGCUGCCCAGCGCCGAGAAGGAUAUGUGCCUGUCCGACUCCAACAAGGGCAUGCUGGGGCUCAUCGUGUACCUGGGCAUGAUGGUGGGCGCGUUCCUGUGGGGCGGCCUGGCAGACCGCCUGGGCCGGCGGCAGUGCCUCCUCAUCUCCCUCUCCGUCAACAGCGUCUUCGCCUUCUUCUCCUCCUUCGUCCAAGGCUACGGCACCUUCCUCUUCUGCCGCCUCCUCUCGGGCAUGGGCAUCGGGGGCUCCAUCCCCAUCGUCUUCUCCUACUUCUCGGAGUUCCUGGCGCAGGAGAAGCGUGGGGAGCACCUGAGCUGGCUCUGCAUGUUCUGGAUGAUCGGGGGCAUCUACGCCUCUGCCAUGGCUUGGGCCAUCAUCCCCCACUAUGGAUGGAGCUUCCAGAUGGGCUCAGCCUAUCAGUUCCACAGCUGGAGGGUCUUCGUCCUGGUCUGCGCCUUCCCCUCGGUGUUUGCCAUUGGGGCACUCACCACCAUGCCCGAGAGCCCCCGCUUCUUCUUGGAGAACGGCAAACACGAUGAGGCCUGGAUGGUGCUGAAGCAGGUCCAUGACACCAACAUGCGAGCCAAGGGCCACCCCGAGAGGGUCUUCUCGGUCACCCACAUCAAGACCAUCAAGAGGGAGGAUGAGCUCAUCGAGAUCCAGGCGGACACAGGGACGUGGCACCGGCGCUGGCUCGUGCGGGUGCUCAACCUCUCACAGCAGGUCUGGAACAACUUCCAGCAGUGCUUUGCGCCCGAGUUCCGCCGCAUCACCCUGAUGAUGAUGGGAGUGUGGUUCACCAUGUCCUUCAGUUACUAUGGGUUGACUGUGUGGUUCCCGGACAUGAUCAAGCACCUGCAGAACAUGGACUAUGCCUCCCGCACCAAGCUCUUCACACGGGAGAGGCUGCGACACUUCACCUUCAACUUCACCCUCGAGAACCAGAUCCACCGCGGCGGCGAGUACUUCAAUGACAAGUUCAUUGGCCUGAAGAUGAAGUCGGUGACAUUCGAGGACUCGCUCUUUGAGGAGUGCUACUUUGAGGAUGUCACCUCCAGCAACACCUUCUUCAAGAACUGCACCUUCAUCUCUACCAUGUUCUACAACACGGAUCUCUUUGAGUACAAGUUCAUCAACAGCCAGGUGGUGAACAGCACCUUCCUGCACAACAAGGAGGGCUGCCAGCUGGACUUCAGCGACGACAACAACGCCUACAUGAUCUACUUUGUCAGCUUCCUGGGCACCUUGGCCGUCCUGCCCGGGAACAUCGUCUCUGCCCUCCUCAUGGACAAGAUCGGCCGCCUCCGCAUGCUGGCCGGGUCCAGCGUCAUGUCCUGCGUGAGCUGCUUCUUCCUGUCCUUUGGGAACAGUGAAUCAGCCAUGAUCGCUCUGCUCUGCCUCUUCGGCGGCGUCAGCAUCGCCUCUUGGAAUGCCCUCGACGUGCUCACUGUGGAGCUCUACCCCUCCGACAAGAGGACGACGGCGUUUGGGUUCCUGAACGCUCUCUGCAAGCUGGCGGCCGUGCUGGGCAUCAGCAUCUUCACCUCCUUCGUGGGCAUCACCAAGGCCGUGCCCAUCCUCUUGGCCUCGGCUGCGCUCGCCCUCGGCAGCUCCUUGGCCCUCAAACUGCCCGAGACCCGGGGGCAAGUCCUGCAGUGA